UGCCGUCCCGCUGCGCAUGCGUGGAGCCGCCGGCGGGGAUGUCCCGCAAGCAAGCAGCCCGGGCCCGGCCCGGCGGCCCCAAGAAGGCCCGGCGGUCCCGGCAUCCUACCGGGGGCACGGCUCUGAAGCCCUCAGAGGGCGGCGGGGGCCUCGCCAGGCAGCUCCGAGCCCUCGGCCUCAAGCUGCGGGAGGUGCCGGGGGAUGGCAACUGUUUGUUUCGUGCCCUGGGUGACCAGCUGGAGGGACACUCCCGGAACCACCUCAGGCAUCGCCAGGAGACGGUGGAGUACAUGAUAAAGCAGCGAGAGGACUUUGAACCUUUCGUGGAGGAUGAUGUUCCCUUUGAGAAACAUGUUACCAAUUUGGCAAAGCCUGGUACCUUUGCUGGCAACGAUGCUAUUGUGGCCUUUGCAAGGAACAAUCAGAUGAACGUGGUUAUUCAUCAGCUGAACGCACCGCUGUGGCAGAUUCAAGGCACUGACAAAAGCAAUGUGAGGGAGCUGCAUAUUGCAUAUCGGCACGGGGAGCACUACGACAGCGUGAGGAGAAUCAACGAUGAUUCUGAAGCCCCAGCAUAUCUUCAGAUGGAGAUGCUCUCCAAAAAUGACUCAAAUAAGGAGGAGGAAAUGAAGCAACAGAAGGGUGACUCUGAAGAUGAGACUGAAAUUGAAAUGGAAGCUGCUGUACAAGAAGUGUGCAGUGCAACUGGGUGUUCAGACAUUGAGUUGGUAAGCCAGGUUCUGAAAGUGGAAGACUACAACGUAGAAUCUGCAAUAUUUGCCAUCUUUCAAGUGCAGGAAGUGGAAAGAAUCAGUGCUGAGGAGCAGAGCGAUCCCCAGAGCGAAGGUCAGAAGCUGUGUGCCUCACCUCUGUGUGAAGAUAAUGGAAGCAGUUCAAGAAUCUUUGGAAGUCAGAGUUUGCAUCACCAUGAAACAGAAAAUACCAAAGCUAGACCUGAUGAAGAGAGUCGAGCUAAUAAAAACUUCAAGGUAUUUAAAAAACAAAAGAAGGAACAGCAGCGGCUGGAGAAGAAGAAGCGGCAGGAAGAAAGGCACCGACAGAAGGUCUUGGCCAGUAGGAGUAACUGUGCAGAUAGCAACAGGACAGAGGUGGACUCAGAUAACCAAAUAACCUUGGUGAAGACCAUGGCAGCUCUAAAUAUAUGACUGAACGUGUUCUGAGCGUCCUGGUGAGAAAAGCAAAGGAUACUGAUGAAGAUAAAUUUCCUCUUAAGCAAA